AUUUUAUUUCAAAACAUGAAAAAAAUAAAAAUACCAAAAUACCGAAGAUAUUCACUGCCGGCGCACAAUGGCACCCAUGAACUCGGCACCUCUUCUUCUUCGGCAAUCUCUCCCGCCAAUAUCGUCUCCAUUCGAAACUCUGAAACCGAAAACUCCACUGCCAGUGCACAAUAGCACGCUCGGCGCACGAACACCUGCAUAUUCACCUUGUUAUAUAAGAGUUUGCACUGGUAAAACAACCAAAAGAAGUGGAAGUGGAAGUGGAAGAGGAAGCAGAAGAAACCCAGAUGACUACCAUGCCACUCUCACAGCUCUCAACUCCAAAGGCCGAUUUCCCAGAAAAUCCCUCGGCCAGCAUUAUAUGUUGGAUUCUGAGAUCAACGAUGAGCUCACUGCUGCGGCCGAUGUUGGGGAAGGUGAUGUGGUGUUAGAAAUUGGGCCGGGAACAGGUUCUUUGACUAAUACUCUUAUUAGUGCUGGUGCAGUUGUGCUCGCAAUCGAAAAGGAUUCACACAUGGCUACUCUUGUGAGUGAAAGAUUUGUGCAGACUGACCGGUUGAAGGUUUUGAAUGAGGACUUUGUCAAAUGCCACGUUCACUCACAUAUGUCGUCCUUAUUGGGAAGUAUAGAGCCAUCUGGUCCAAAUUCAAGACUUGCAAAAGUAGUCGCUAAUAUACCCUUUAAUAUAAGUACAGAUGUUGUCAAACAACUUCUUCCAAUGGGGGACAUCUUUUCUGAAGUUGUUCUCUUACUCCAGGAGGAGGCAGCUUUGCGCUUGGUGGAACCAUCUUUGCGGACAUCCGAGUACCGGCCCAUCAGUAUCUUCGUCAAUUUCUAUUCAGAUCCUGAAUUCAUAAUGAAGGUCCCAAGGACAAAAUUUUUUCCUCAGCCUAAUGUUGAUGCUGCCAUUGUUAAAUUUAAACUGAAGCAACCUGUAGACUACCCCCCAGUUUCCUCUACUAAAAGCUUCUUCUCAAUGGUCAAUUCUGCUUUUAAUGGGAAACGAAAGAUGUUGCGGAGAUCACUCCAGCACAUAUGCACUCCCAUGGAGAUUGAAAAUGCUUUGGGAACAGUUGGUCGUCGAGCCACGUCAAGACCAGAAGAGCUAUCCACGGAUGAUUUUGUGAAGUUGCACAAUUUGAUCACGAAAGUAUAGUUUUCCCAUUUAUGCCAUUUGAUCACGGAUAAACCACCUUAUUGCCUCGAGUAUUUGACGAUGAACGUUUACCUCAUUCAACUAUAUUUCUCCGGCCGGGACCUAUGCCAUGUUUUCCUUCACCCCCUGGAGAAUUUUACCUACAUUAUCCUUGAAUGUUGUAUACAAACCCAAAGAAAUAACGGAAAAUAAACAUUCAUCUCGUUGGCUU